AUGGCAUGCGAAAGCUCAGAUUCGGAUCUUGAGGGGCUCCCUCCUUUGUUCAAUGACGAAGUUCCAAAGCUGUCGAUGGUGCCUCGGCCCAAGACGCUGGAACGUCGUGAUGGCUGGAGUGUAGUGGAAGAGGAAACUGCGGAUGGAGGUGCUUUACGCUGGAUGGUGUCCGAUGCUGCCUUGUCUCUUGAUCAGACGAGGGUGCAGCUCACUGCUCCAGAUCUGAAGGGUGAGCGCCAUUUUUGUCGUGACAGUUUGAGGGCAGCCUCUCAUCAAGUUAUGGUGCUGGCUUUGGGUUUAGCUCUGGACUCCACUUCCGAGUGCUUGCGACAUUCCUUGUGCGUCCUGGGUGGUGGUGGAAUGGCAUUGCCUAUGGUUCUGGUGACCCAGGUGCAAUCCGUUUGGGUGCAUGUGGUGGAGCUUCACGAUGUGGUUAUCGACUUUGCCGUCAGAUACUUCGGAGCAAGCCAUGAGCGACUUCUUGUGGAGCAGGGUGAUGCGAUCAGCAUCGUGCAGGGGCCAACACGUCCUUGGCUUCCCAAGAGUCUGGCGGGCCUUGUAGUUGACAUUGAUUUUCUUCGAGGAACAGCCCCUCCGGAGUUUUUGUCCUUGGAUUUCUGGAAAGCUCUUUGGGCGACGAUGAAGCCUGAUGCCAUCGUCGCAGUCAACACCAUUGGGGCUGAAGCAGCCGAUGUCCAGGCACUCGCUCAACUCGCUCGUAUGGCAGUUACCGUCGAGACGUUUGGGGCCACGGCCAUAGGGGCUCUAGUUCUAGAGCCUGGACCUGGAGAUCGAAGAGUCUGGACUGCCCUCAUUCCGCGGCCGAGCGUGCUUCUACUCGCUCCGCCUCUCUUGCUCUCGAAGAUUGCAGGCGCAGCUCGAAAUCCCGAAGGCUUCGAGAGGCAGCUUCCAAGCUGGGUCGGGAGAGUUGCUGCUGACGUGUUGCGGGCCAUGGCCCAGGGAAAGUUGCAAGCUUCCUGGUUGGAGCCGACAGCCGAACUCAGCAAAAUCACGCGAUUGCACAGAUGCAGGAUUGAGAGUCGAGUUGAG